UAUAAAUAAAGGCAACCAAAAUGUAGUAAUUUAUAACGAAGAAAAUAACAAUAUACUUAGAAUUUGUAAGACAAAUGCUAGUCAUAGUUUUGCAAAAUCAUGGGAGAAGAAGUUUUUUUACAAUUCAAUUAUGGGUUUACAUUUAAAACCAUAUCAAAAUAAAAUUAGUAUACAAUAUAUAAAUGAAAAACAGUUAGAUAUUAUCAAUCCAUUUCAUCAUCACUUCCAUUGCAAUAUAUUACCAAGAUUUUCACUGACACAACACUGUCUUCUAUAUCUGCCAUCUCAACAAACUCCUAAAUUUCCUACUACCAAAUGUUUCUGUGUUGAAAUCAAGCCUAAAUUAGGAUAUAUUAAUAAUAAAAUUAAUAUGUGUGAAUUUCAAUUGAAGCAAAAUUUUAAAUAUAAACAAGGUAAGAUUAAAAAAUACAGUUCUUACUGUCCAUUGCAAUUAUACUCGGAUGAUAUAAACAAAGUCAAAUCUGCUAUUAAUUUCCUUAUCAAAAGUCCACAAAAUAAUUUCCUUAUAUUUAUGGAAGGAGAACAGUUUCAGUAUAAUGAAGAUAUUACCUUGUUAGAAAGUGAACUAAGCAAAAUAUUUAAAUGUUCACCAGUGCUUGAAAAAUUUUGUGAACUUUUAUGCCAAAUUUUAAUGAAAAAGUCAGAUAAAAAUUGCCAAUACCACAGUGGUAUUUUGAAGAGCAUACUAAAUGUUCAAAAUAUAAAUAAAUAUACAAUAAAUCAUGUAUAUAGUUUGUAUAAAAAAUGUUUAUUAUAUAUACCAGAUCUAUAUAAAUGGUCAUUUUUAAAAUUAUGGCAAAUUUGCAAACAUGGAAAGUACAAAGAUCAUAGCUCAACAUCAAACUUAAUUAAACAUCUUAAUAUUUUAUUAAAAUUUUUGAUUGCAUUAUCAGCCAAAGAUUGCUCAAUUAUGAUUACUAUGCAAGGAUGUGAUGGUAGCUGUACACCCAUUAACAAUAAAAUAUGCUAUAGGAUAAAUCAAUUUAACAUGCAUGCACUUUGGUAAUUUUCAAAGUUCUAAUGGCUAGAAACUUUCAAC